AUGAGUACUCACGCCACCGCACAUCGUCCGUUUCUUGCGUAUCGACCUUCCCGGGUCCAGGAUACCGGCCUAGUCAUGGAGAAGCUGGUUACGAGUCUUCACGAUAUUCUGGAUCCCGAGCCGAAACCGACCAGCCAAACGCCGCCUAUAACCACCGAGAUUUGUCGGCUAAAAACGUUCUCUUGACAGAGGGGCUGGUGGCCAAGAUAGCGGACCUGGCAUGGCUCGCAUUGUGCCAGACUACAGGCUGCAGUUA